CCAUCCCAUCAUAACAACUCCAGCUGCAGUGAAACUUAAACACUUACUUCAACAACAACACAUGGAUACACUGUACAGGAAUAUCCAUCCAUAUGGAUAAAUGAUUUCUCAUGGAUAGAUGCUGAUAUCCCCGCUGCUGGCUGUCCGGUGGUUAUAAACACUGGACUUUUAUUUUAUUUUGUAUGUUUUGUGGCCGGUCAUGCUAGUUAGCCUUCGACUGAUAACAAGAGAAACACAAAUUAACCAGCUAAAUAUCUUUAAUUGUUAUUGAUGUGGAUUAAUAACAAGCAACACAAUUCGUUUUUGCGUUGGGAACGUCAUAUAAUAGUAUUUGACAGCGUGUCGGCAGUUUUCUCUUUAUAUUUGAUCAAUAAUUAAAUAUUAGCUCAUGCUAACAGCAUUAAUAACAGGAGUUUCCUGUUUUGUGUUUUGGAUCGUUGCAUAUGAUUUUUAUGGAUAUAAAUCAUUACAGGUGUUUAAUGCGGUGUUUAUGAGUGAUUUGAGGCGCUCUUUGUUCGGAAGAGGAAGAUGAGGAGGAAGAUGAUGGUGAUGAAGAUCAGCUCAACAGGGAACUGCUGAUUAUGAACAGACACAUUUAGAAAAAUGCCCAGGAGAAAACAGUCCAAUCCACAACCUGUCAAAUUUGGCGCUGAAGAUGGUGUUACGGCUGGCGAUCAGGAAAACCUGGUCUUGGAGAGCGAUUUCCUCCUUGGACAAGACCUGGGCUUCGGAGAAAAUGACUAUAGGAUCGUCGGUUUUGAAAGGGAUUCAGACCCUGUUGACUUGCAUUGUAUGCACCUACAGAGCUUUUGUGUUCAGCUGAAGAAAAAAAGCCAUACACAUCUGGGAUGGCAUGAAGACUCAGUCGCUGCUGAUAUGGGGAUGCCGGCGUACAGCUUCAGCGACGAGGACUGUUCCGGCUACAACCGCCUCGGCAUGGAGAGCGAUUUCGAGGACCCUCGAGACACGGAGAGUGAGCGUGAAGAGAUAAGCCCAGAUGCUGCCUUCGCCCACUACCUCUCCUGUAGGCAGUGCGGCCAGCUCCUGGGCGACCCCUUGAGCGGGGCACUGGAUCUCACCGGCCUGUACUGUCUCCAGUGUGGGGCCGAGGGAGGAGACGCAGACCGCCAAGAUAGACCGUUAGAAGAGGCCCACCCCACUGAUACCACGCAAGGAAAAGCCAAUCGAGGCAGAUCAACGUCGAAUGGAAACGCUUGUAAGACCUACUCGUGCAAACUGUGCAGUUUCACCUCGCGCUACUCCAAUCACUUGAAACGGCACAUGAAAACGCACAACGGCGAGAAACCGUACCAGUGCCAGCACUGUGCGUAUGCCUCCGCUCAGCUGGUCAACCUGCAGCGGCAUGUGCGCACACACACGGGCGAGAAGCCGUUCAAAUGCGAGUUCUGCACGUUUGCGUGCAAUUCCCUGGGUAACCUGAAGAGGCACCAGCGCAUGCAUACUCAGGAAAAAUCACUCAACUGCAGUCAGUGCGACUUCCGUGCGAACAGCAGCAACUCGCUAAAGAAACACACAGUGAGCCACAAGCUGAAGAAAUCUACAGACUUAACAGAAGAGUCUGUAGUUCCUGGCCUUACUCUGCACAUCAACACUGAUCCUGACCUCCUCCAAAGCUACAACACCCUGCGAACGGAUCGUCACCCCACCACCCUGCUGGACACUAAGGGCAUGGCCCAAGAGUCAGACCCUUUACCCGAGCUGCUGUUCCCCUUCACGUGUCGCAUUUGUGGCCUUGUGCUAGAGGACGAGGAGGGGGCUGCGGUGCAAAUCUGCAACAAAUGCACAGUCGACAUGCUGUCAAAAACCUCCCCCAACAGCCCGGAAAAAGACGACAAGCUUUACUCCUGUACCACAUGCCCGUUCGUCACGCAGUACCCCAACCAUCUCGCCCGGCACAUGAAGACACACAGUGGCGAAAAACCCUACAAGUGCCCGCAAUGCAACUACGCGUCCGCCCACUUCGACAACCUCAAACGGCACCACCGCGUGCACACGGGAGAAAAGCCUUACAAAUGCCGGGUGUGCGACUACGCUUGCGGCAAUUUGGCGAAUCUGAAACGGCACGAGCGCAUCCACUCGGGUGCGAAACCGUUCCAAUGCACCGUGUGCAGUUACAGCUGCAACCAGAGUAUGAACUUGAAACGGCACAUGCUGCGACACACUGGCGAGAAGCCCUUCAAGUGCCAGGAUUGCGGUUACACAACAGGCCACUGGGACAAUUACAAACGGCACCAAAAAAAGCACGGCCACUCGGCGGAAGGGUGGAUCAAAAUGCAGCUGGCAGAGAAAGAGGAAGAAGAGGAGGAAGGAGAGAUGUAGUUUGAUGUCUAACUCCAGUUGCCUUAUUAUCUGAGAAAUCCAUAUGGCAAACCACAUUGGGUUAUUUUAUGUUUUAGUGUAUACCACUGUUUACAGCAGCUGUUUUCAAUAUAAAAGUCUCUCAGAAACGGUCAUCUCAAAUAAAUUUCAUAGAGACAAAUUAUGCACCUUUGGGCGAAUCUCACAAAGCAUGUUCAGGUUACAUUUCACCCCCAAAUCAAAAGUUUAUAUUAAAUUACAUUUUGCAUGAAUAAAAUGAAGCUAGAGCCAUUAAGAGUUUUUUGCAUUGUGACUAAUUUCAUGACAAUUAACCACAUUUUCCCCCAAACAUUUUACCUUUGAGGUCUGAUUUUGUGUUAUUCUCACUAGACUUUUAAUACUCCAAUAUAAUAUUUUUUUUACUGUAUUACUGUAAUACAAGGAUUUAUUUAUUUUUUUUACAUGACAGUUAAGCACAUUUUCUCCAGAAAUUCUCAUAAUCGGACAUUUUUUUUAAUUCCUGUACUGGAAUACAAUAUUUUUAUUAUUUUAUAAACAGAAUAAAUUAAAGGUAGUACAAUAAAUGGGAUCAUAAUAUACUUCACAAUUUAAGUCUUUUUUACAUUUUUUUUUUUUUUUUUCUGAUUACAGUAAUUAGAAUUAGAUUUUUUACAUUAUAGUAAUAUGAAUUUGGGGGGGGGGAAUAUGCUUACUUUGACAAUUAAGCACUUUUCCAUAAAAAAUUCUCAUAAUCGUGAUGUGCCUGUAAGUUUUGAGUCAGUUUUUUGUAAUUCCUAUUAUAUUCAAUUGCAAAAACAAUAAAAAAGUCACUAAAAGAAAUACUGUCAUGAAAUACUUCACAAUUUAUUCAUUUAUUUUUAGAUUACAGUAAUGAGAAUUGAUUUGUUUUUUUACAUUAUUAUAAUAAUAAUAAUAAUUCACAGGAAAUGUGCUUGCUUUAUGACAGUUAAUCAGAUUUUCCCCUUAAAUUCAUAGAACCAUAAUGUGUCCGGACGUUUUGAAGCAGUUAUUUUUAAUUAUAAAAAGUUACUGUAAUACAAUUAUCACAAAAAUCAGCAUAAAUUAAAGAUAUUACAACAAAUACCACCAGGAAAUAUUUAACAAUGUAAUAUAUAUAUAUAUAUAUAUAUAUAUAUAAUUUUUUAUAUUUUACAGUACAGUCGGCCCUUUAUGACUAUUAAGCACAUGUUCCCCACAUAUUCUCAUUAUCGAAAUGAUUCGGGACAUUUUAUUUUAUUUUUUUAUAUGAUUCAUAUUACAUUUUUUUUUUAAAAAGCACUGCAAUACAAUGUUUUUUAUUUAAAGCGGUAUGAAUUUUAGGCUUUAUAACAAAUACUAGUAUGGUCUACAAAUCAUUUUCAGUUUAAAUGAUAGAUAAUUUUUUGGCAUAACAGUAAUGAGAACAAGAUUAUUUGUGGCAAUGAGAGUUGUAGGAGGGAAAUGUGCUUAAUUUUCAUGGAAAUAAUGCCAAACAUAUGCUAAAUGUCUUUCUUUUUUUGACUUUGGGGUGAAAUAUUACUUGGAAAUGUUCUUGAAAGGUGAAAUUCACUCCUCUGCUGUCAUGGGUUCUCAUUGAUUUUCUGAAUGAAAGAGAAAACUGCAAUAAAUUCAAUGAACCGCCCUUGUCCAGGCUGAUACAGCAGCUGUAGUUUGUUUUUUGUUCUGUAUGCUUAGAGAUUUGAUUACACUGAACAUGUCUGCUGGCUGCUAUGUUAACUUAUGCACAAUAUCUCAAUGAUGUUGCCUUUUAUUGGGGAGGUGAUGUGCCUCAUUCCCUCAAUAACUAAAUAGGAAUUUCCGGGUGCCACUGUAAAAUGCUGCACUGAUACAGGGGUCUCGUUUGCUCCCAGCACACUUACUGUUUUUCAAGGGCAUUAUUGAGGGAUAAUUAUAGGUGAAUCUUAAUAUUAUUAUAACUUUAAAACGGUCAAGUACAUGUCCAGGUUAUAUUUCAGCCCCAAAUAAUUUUGCAUUGAGAUAAUGAAGCCUGUCUAUAGGACCUUUAUGAUUUUUUAUUAAGACAUUGUAUGUCAAAAUUCUCAAUGCAAUGAAAAAAACCACAUUCUUAUCAUGGCAGAUUUUGUUAUACAGAAUGUAUUUAUGCUGAUUUUGAUUUAAAAAAGAAUAGUGUCCAGACAGUAUGAUUUUUGUUAUUUUUUAUGUUAUUACAGUAAUAAGAUUUUUUUUUCUCUCUUAACAUUAUGAUAAAGAGAAUGUGGGGUUAACCUGCUUAUUUGUCAUGAAAAUAGUGUCAAAAUGUAAAGUAAAUAAUGGCCCAAAAAAACAGCUUCAUUUUCAUUAUGCAAAAUAUAAUUUCGUAAUUCUGUCUCGUGUUUGGGGUGAAAUAUGACCUGCUUAUGUCACGAGAUUCACCCUUAUGUGGUGCGUGUGUGUGCGAGUGUCUUCUGUUUGACUUUUAAUUGAAAUGUCCUACAGUUUAAUUCAGAUUAAAGUGUGAUAUCUACUGUGAAAUUUUCUCCUUGAAAAUGUAACCUCACACAACACAUUUGGUUGUGUGAAGAAUCCUAUUUGGGUUUUUUUUCUUUCAGAUGUGCAAAACCAGUUCAUGAGAAAAAGGUAGACAGGGACCACACUUUGAAAUUAGACUCUUUAUUAAAACAGACGUGAGCAGUGUGUUUCAAGAGCAUUUUUGUUAAUAGAUCACAUUAAAAAAAAAACAUUUAUAUCAUUGUACACAUUGUCGUUUCGAUACUGAUUGGUCAGAUUUAAUUCUGUUACACAACUGGCACAGUCCUUCUGAAAUAUAAACUUCAAGAACAUAGAGUUCAGUGCAAUCAGGGAAUAAAUCAGUUACAUGCAUAGCACUGAAUUGCAUGAUAUUUGGUUGGCCAUAUGAUGUAAUAUGACUAUUUAUGUACUGUAUUGUUUUGUGGGUUUCAUUAGCUUUCUGAUAUUUGUACACAAAUUGUUGAACUGUCAAGUGGCCUUUGGUUUUCAUAAUAAAGAUGUUUUUAGCCUUUUUAUUAAAAAGAGUCUCAAGACAUUUGUAAUAACAGAUGGUACAAUAAGACCAGCUGAUUUGUUGACUUUUUCUUCACCUUACAAAAGCAUGUACCAGUUAUGUCCUGUAGGGAGCAGAAUAGAGCUUUUAAAGAGAGACUUCAAAAGGAAAUCUUUUAAUAGUGAUGUGAAAUAUGAUUGACAAUAUGUACACCAGUGGAUGAAGAAUGUCUUUGUGAUAUAGGUAAAAUAUGGAUCAGUCAUGCAGUGAGCACAUUUCAGAUAAUAUUGUCAUUUUAGAAGCAACCCACCUGUUUGUUGCACUUGUAAUGUGUAUUCUAAGUGAUGUUUCGUCUUGCUGGCUGAAUUCACGUCGCAGUAGCUGGUUGAAAGGGACCAAACCUCUCUGAAACACCUGACUUGGUUCCGUUUUACCAGCAACUAAGACGUGUUUUCGAGGAGAGACGAGUGUCCUGAUUGGUUCUUCAUGUCUUUGAAGGGCAAGAAGGAGAUUUCUCUCUCAAUGUCACUGUUAUUAGCACAUCAAAAAUGUACAUGGAGUUAUCUGUCUUUACAUCAUGUUAAUCUCAGGCCUCAUUCAGAGUAGCGCCAUAUUUGAUUUUUGGCGGGAAUGACGAGGCUGUGAGGGAUAGACUACAGUCUCUGUUUACACUGGUGUUGAACGGUUAGCUGACAAAUCAUUGAAAGACAUAACAUCAGUAGAGUUGUGAAAAUUAGAUGUGAUCUAGAAGCUUUAUACAGCGGUUGCCUGCCUCACAGCCUCGUUUUCAUUCCCAUCAAAAAUCAAAUACAGCGCCUCUCUCAAUAGUGUCUAGAAAUAUUUUAACUCUAGAAUCCUUUUCUAUCUGUUAUUAACCAUGAUUAUUUCAGUUUGGGUUUAUUUGUAAGGAAUAGUUCAUAAAAUCGUCUAUUUUAUGUGUGUGCUUUCAUCUGGAAGACUCGUAUUUUUUAGAUUGUUUGCUCAUCUGCAGUACGUUUCAUCGCGAAUGUCAAAAAGACAUUCAGCAGAUGUCCAAUGUAGAAUGUAGCUUAUGUAAAUCAGCUCUUUUCAAGAUGUUGAUCAGAUGUUGAUUAGAAUGCGAUGCUUUCCAGAUGAAACGCUCUUAAUGAAACAUUAUUGCACAGGGAUGGAAUUACAUAAAAAGUAAUAUUUUAUAUGUUCUAUCAUUCAUGAAACCCAGACAACACUGCCAAUUAUAUAACAUUCUGCAAUAGUAAUAAUGUAUACUGUAUUUCUGUCAUAAAUUCUUCACUCUCUCACGUCAUGUUAAGGCUCUCUGAUAAAACCUACAAGCCCUUAUUUCACAUGAAGGAAAACAUUUGAAAUUCUAUGUGCAUUUGAAAAUAUGUUUCUUUAUCUAUCCUCUCGAGAGUAAUGGAGCAUGCACGUGUCUCCUGCAUGUCAUUUACAUUGUGUGUAUGAGCCAAGAACAUUUGCCAUUA